AUGGCACGGGAUUCAGAUCAUCCUGUCGCAAUUGCACCCGAGCAAGGCGAAGGCACGGCUAAGAGCCAAUCCGAGACCAGCAGGGUCAUUCAAAUCGAUCCAGAAGAGCAUGAAAAUGUGACCAAAGAAGCUUUUCACAGUGGAUCUGAAGAAACCGACGAUGAAGUCAAGAAAGUCGAUGGAAUUGAUGCCGAGGGCGACAAGGAGGUCGGCGACGGCGCUGAAGAUGGUUAUGAGCAAGACGACAAGGAUUCCUGGGAAUCAGGUUCCAUCGAAGACGCGAGAGACAGCUUUUUGGAUAUCGAAGCUGCCGAGUCGGAUGGCGUGUCUGACGGCUCCGAGUAUGCUGAGGAGCUGUACUCCUUCCCCCAGUUCUGCCGCCUGCCCAUUGAACUCCGUCAUCGCGUUUGGGCGUUCUUUGAUCCAGACAUGAGAGCAAAAGCACGUGUCUACGAUUUCCAAGUCUUCAAGCACCGAGAAUCAAGCAUUUGGGAAAGCGCGACGAUACUGCAGCAAACAGCACCUGCAAGGGCUGUCUUAGCAGCCCAUCGUGAGAGUCGAGAACUAGCGCUGAAAUUCUAUCCUGAUGCCCUGGAGUUUAGGCCCGGAUACGUAACUCUGAGGUUUCGGAAGUCAAGAGACGUCAUUCUCCUUUCUGGAAUCACGGAGCCCGAAGAUCUGUUGGACAUUCGGCCCUUCCUCAAAGAUGUUGAACAUGUUGCAAUUGAUGCCGACGUUGAUUUGCCCCCAGAUUACGCCCUGAAAGAGUUCAUGCAGUCAAUGAAGCACCUGAAGGCCCUCUAUCUUUGCCGCGAGGCUACAGAGUUCCCACAUCCCUAUCGCAUGCGGUGGUGCGCCGCUUCUCAAGAGAUCCACUCCUUUCGGGUCGCCUGGACGGAAGAAGACUCAGGACUUCAUGAGGACAUUGAAUCUCUGUACUGCUGGCCGAAUUUAGUGGACCACCCGGAAUUCAUGAAGAACGAGAAGGGAAACGGAAAUGCACAUAAUGAGGACGAAUCAAAUCACGAGGAGAUGGGUGACGAUGAGAUUGAUGAGGAUGAAUUAUCCCCUCUCAAAGUUCUCAAUUCAGACGGCGUCGCGCUUUGGUCCAUGUACCGGUUCUCGUUCGAUGAAGGACUACGUCUCUAUGGAAAAAUAGAGCGAACAGCCGCUAUGCCAGGCAACUGGAGAGACAACUGGAAGUCCGAUUCUGACUUAGAACUCGAUGACGAGGGCGGAUUUGAUGAGUAUGAGAGUGAUGGUAUCGACGAUGAGACAAUAGACAGCGAUGCAGAAUCCGCCGAAGAGGACGAUCUGAUGGUCCAAGAAGUCUCUGGCGAAGACGAUUUUGACGCAUCGUCUACUUUCAACGGAUUCUCCCCACUUCGGGAUGCGACGCCUGAUGACGUGCAACGCCAACAGCCCGAAGCAAACUUCUCCAGCCUGGAACCUGAAUCCCCAGACGCGCGCGAGUCUGAUCAGGCUUCUUUAGAUCGAGAACCUACCCGGAAACGUAAGCGCGCCAAUCGAAGAGUCGUGGAUUCUGACUCUGAAGACGGGGAUACUGCCGACGAAGACCGAUCCCCGCCUCGGCGCCGUGCCCGAAUUCGCAUCGAAUCUGACGACGAUGACGAUGAUGAGCAGCCACCUGCUCCGAAACGCCAGUCUCGCAUUGUCAGCGAUGAUUCUAAGGACGAAGAGCAGCCGGCAACUCGGAAACGUCCUGCUCAAGCUGCUCCCGAUGGUUCUGAUGACUCCGACGAUGAAGAGCAGCCCGCAGUUUCGAAAGGCCGUGCUUUCAUUUACACUGAUCCCGCGGUAUAUGACGACAUUUCUGAAGAGGAAGCAUCAGAAGAACCCGAAGCAAAGCCUAUGUCCAUCUUCGAGAAGCUUCAGCUGUACCGCUCACAGAAUCCAAUCGACGAUGACGAAUCAGGCUCCGACCCCGACACGGCGGAGGUUGGCAUGGAUAACUACGAUUCGGGCAACUACGCUGACUUCCAGGAUGAUGAAGAAGACGACGGAGAAAUAGAGAACGACGCCGUUCUGGAUCUGGCAGAGAAAUCAGAUGGUGAUGGUGGGUGGUAA